CAGCGGGCCGGUGUCACCGGUGGGGUCGCCUUGGGGUGCGGCACCUCCAAAUCGGACCCAAAUUCACCUCCUGCUUCUGUGUUUGCGCCUUUACACCCACCCGGACACACACGAGGGGUGUUAAUCCUCGGGGUUCCCAUUGUGUUCCCUCCAGGAACAUCCCGAGCAAUUCCCAGCAGGCUGUUUGGGGCAGCCCUGAGCAUCCCAAGCCCUCCUUUCCCUGGAGCCUCCCCAGCAAGGAGCGCAUCCCAUCAGCUGCCAGGGGAAGAUGCUGUUAUUUCUGGCUCUCUCUCUCUCUCUCCCUGCCAGGGUUUUUGGCAGGUGCGGUCUCUCCUGGCCGCUUGUUUUGCCCCUGGAGUACACACGAGCACGUGGGCCGUGUGUCUGUGUCAGAUCCGGGGAGCUGCUUGUUCCCGGUGUUUUUAUUUGAGUGGGGAAGCUGCUGAUGAGCAGUCGGUGGAACGAGUCGGGCAGGUCUUGGCCGGGCUGGGAGAAGGAGCAGGCUGUUUCUCCUGGGUGCCAGUGUCGAUCCCUCUCGGUGUAUGUGUGGUAACAACAUGUCUGUCCCCCUCCUCGCCGACGCUGUCACCGUGUCAGGGGCAGAGCGGGAGACCGCCGCGGUCAUUUUCCUCCAUGGCCUUGGAGACACGGGGCACAGCUGGGCCGAUGCUCUCUCCUCCAUCCGCCUCCCCUACGUGAAGUACAUCUGCCCUCACGCGCCCCGGAUCCCGGUCACCCUCAACAUGAAGAUGGUCAUGCCCUCCUGGUUUGACCUGAUGGGAUUGACUCCAGAUGCACCUGAGGAUGAAGCUGGGAUCAAGAAAGCUGCAGAAAACAUUAAAGCAAUCAUCGAGCACGAGAUGAAGAACGGGAUCCCCCCCAACCGCAUCAUCCUGGGGGGCUUCUCACAGGGCGGUGCCUUGUCGCUGUACACGGCUCUCACCUGCCAGCACCAGCUGGCCGGGAUUGUGGCGCUCAGCUGCUGGCUCCCGCUCCACAGGGCCUUCCCACAGGCGGCGAACAACGGCGUGAACAAGGACAUCGCCAUCCUGCAGUGCCACGGGGAGAUGGAUCCCAUGAUCCCCGUGCGCUUCGGGGCCCUCACUGCCGAGAAGCUCAAGUCUGUCGUCACCCCCACCAAGGUGCAGUUCAAAACCUACCCCGGAGUGAUGCACAGUUCCUGUCCUCAGGAGAUGAUGGCGGUGAAGGAAUUCAUCGAGAAGCUGCUGCCCCGGAUCUGAGCGGAGCCCCUGGGGACUGUCGCAGGGGAGGGUGCCGAGGUCCCGGCCGCCCGUGUGUCCCUGUGACCCGCCCGCUGCGAACGGAAGCCAUGGACCCCCCCAGCGCACCUCCCGCCGCCCCCGCACCGCGUCCCCUCCGGCCGGGGCUGCCCCGCUGCUCCCGGAGCCGCCUAAGGCGAGUCUGGCCUUUUCUCUCCUGCUCUGGCUCCGAGCGCUUCCCGAGGGGGUGUCACCGUCCCCUCGGACCCCCGCGGGGCUGGCACGGUGCGGGUGAGGUUUUCCUGUUGGGUUUGGGGUUUUUGUACCAGUAGUAGGGGCGGGAUGUGCCCGGCUGCGGUGGGAGGAGCGGGGCGGCGCUGGGGCACCCCUGGGGCUCGGAGCUCUGCCCUUGGUGGCCGCUCUCGGCCUCCGCUCAGGCGACUCGCGGGUUUUCAGUCAGAGCUCAGGAACCCGGGACUCCCCUGCGGACGCCUCCAGGCUCCGGGGCAGGCUCUGCCCUGGGCUGGCACCGCCAAAGGCUGCCCGGGGCCGGCGGGGAGGGUCAGUGCAGCUCCCGCACCUCCCGCACGGCCCCGCCUGUCACACACGCACACUCCUCCCCUCAGCCAUCGGCCUGGGGCAGCUCUGCCCUCCUGAGAUAAUCACCUCCCUCCUCCUGCUCCUCCUCCUCUUCUUGCUUUUACAAUCUCCAUCUCCUCCUCUGCCCCGCGGGGGUCCCAGAGGCAUCUCCCCCCUCCCAGCCCAGCUCUGCACCCUCGGAGCCCCCAAGCUUCGUUUACACUCACAGAGCCACCGGCCCCAUCUUUAAUGUCUUCUCUUGCUGCUACUUGUCCUUCCCUUUGGACUCGGGCUGGCUCGGGGAGGGGGAGGUGAGGGGGGUCCCUGGACCCCGGGUUUGGCUCCUGGUGCAGCUGGAAGGAGCAGCUUUGCUCCCAGCCAUCAUCUGACCGGCACCUGAGCCCCGGGUGCUGCUGUGCCCCAUCCUCUGUGCUCCUGGGACCUCCCUGCUCCCCAUGUACAAUCACCCCUCACCUGUGUCCCCUCCCCAGUGCUGGCAUCAUGCUGGGACCCCGAAUGUCUCCUCCUGGGGGGCUCCUGGCUGACCCUCCCUUCCCAUAGGGCCCAGGGCAGUGGCUGUGGAGCAGCUCUGCCCUCACCCCCUCUUCCCCCGGGCUGAGCCCCUGCUGGGGGCUGCUCAUGGCUUUUAAAACACCCCCACAUUCCCCUGGCCCCAGGGCUGGCCCUGCUCCCCCUGCCUGGGGCCAGUGAGGUGAGGGCUGCCCUGGGGGGCUCAGCCCCAGCAGUUCUGCUCCAGCCCUGCCCUUCCUGCCCGGGCUGUGCAAAGCAAUAACCGCCCUCUGGAGAGUGGGGCCCACCCUGGGCUGGCCUCUUGGCUUGGCCUUGGAGUUCUUGCCCCUUGCAGCAAGUCUGAGAGCGGCAGAGCUGGCACCAGGGGCAGCCCAACCUCUGCCCUGCCCUGGGUGCUGCUCUGCUCUGGGCUCUGCUCUGGGCUCUGCUCUGGGCUCUGCCCUGGGCUCUGCCCUGGGCUCUGCCCUGCUGACUCUUCUAUGCUGUGUUUUAAUGCUGCUGUGCCCCUGCCCCCCACACUUGGCUGGGGGGCAUGAGAGGGUCACAGGGGUGGGAUGGCAGCACCCUGGGGUCACCAAGAGCUGUCACAGGUGGGGUGGCAGCUCCCUGGGGUCACCAAGAGCUGUCAUAGGUGGGAUGGCAGCUCUUGGGGAUCACCAGGAGCUGUCACAGGGGUGGGAUGGCAGCACCCUGGGGUCACCAAGAGCUGGCAGGGGUGGGAUGGCAGCUCCCUGGGGUCACCAGGAGCUGGCAGGGGUGUGAUGGCAGCUCUUUGGGGUGGGAUGGCAGCUCUUUGGGGAUCACCAGGAGCUGUCACAGGUGAGGUGGCAGCUCCCUGGGGUCACCAAGAGCUGUCACAGGUGGGAUGGCAGCUCCCUGGGGGUACCAAGGGCUGUCACAGGUGGGAUGGCAGCUCUUUGGGGUCACCAAGAGCUGUCACAGGUGGGAUGGCAGCUCUUGGGGGUCACCAGGAGCUGUCACAGGUGGGGUGGCAGCUCCCUGGGGGUACCAAGGGCUGGUGAUGGACAGACUGACCUGUUUGACUGUGAACUGGAACCGUGUGUGGUGGGGGGGCCUGGGACCAUCCCUGGGGGCCCCGUGGGCCCCUCUGCAGAGCAUUCCUGCUCACUCCCUGCCCGAGCAGUGCCGGGAACCCGGGAGGGAGAGCGGCUUCUCUCCAUUCCUCAAUACAGCUUUGGGUUUUUUUUUUAGUUAGUUUGUUUUUCUUCUCUCUCUUGUCUUCCUUGUACAUGUUUGGGGUUUGUUUUUUUUUUGUGUGUGUGUGUGUGUGCAUUCCACAGAGAAUUAAGGUGAAAUAAAUCCUCAACCUAUCCUGGA